AUGGCAGCCAAGGGAGUAAAGAAUCGAGGCAAAGCAAGCGAUGAUGCGUCGAAGUCCCAUCUUCGAAUUGAAGAUCUCUACGCAAUCGUCACCUGGCUUGAACAUCCACCUAACUUCGUGAAGUGCUUUGGGACAACCGGGAAGCCCUCAGUGGGGAAACAGUCGACGAAAACCAGCGGUUUCAAGGAGAUGGACAACACUCUGUUCACUAGCAGCAAGGGGAAGUUUAGUCUUAAGCCUCAUCAAAUGCGCAACCGCUUUACUACAUACAAGGCGCGCUACCUACGUACGAAAGAGUAUGAGGACUCAACUGGUGCUGGUGUAACAACAGAGGACGCAGCGAAGGGAAUUCACACGCUGAAGCAAAAACUUGACUUGAUGUGCCCUUGGUACGAGAAAAUGAACGAUCUUUUUGACUCUUUUGAUUCCACCGAAGUGGAGGAGGAGGGUUAUUUGACGGAAGGUGACAAAGACAACGAAGAGGACGAUGGCGGCGAAGGAGGUGUAGGGGGCGAGGACGAGGAAGGUGAUGAGGACUUGAUGUCUGUGGCUGAUAGCGAGGUGACCGUUGCUUCUGAUACAGUGACUACAAGCAAACGAUUGUUGAACGACGAUACACGGAUGUCAGCUUUACAUAAGUCACAACCCUCCAAGAAAGCUCGUCUUGCCCCACCUCCAGCUACUUUGAGCACGUCCCCACAAGAUGCACGUGGUAGCGGUAGCAGAAUUGCAACUGCAAUGAAGCAGGCAGCCGAAUCAAAGGCGAAAGGUACGUCUACACUCCGUGCCGUGAAUGUGCUACUUACUAAUCCACACUUUUCAUGA